AUGCGAGAGGAUUUCUUGGCAAAUGUCAGUGCUGAAAGGGUUCCUUUGAAGGCUCCAAGCAUUGAAGAUCACCAUGCAGCCAUCGAGUUCACGGAGCUGGAAAACGUCUUCAUUCUUCGCGAUUUCAACUCAACCCAUGGAACAUUUGUCAACGAUUGUCUUAUCCAGAACGCAGCAGUGAGAGUGAGCCCUGGAGAUGUUUUACGAUUUGGCUCCAAUGGAACAGUCUUCGAGCUGAUGGUAGAAAGCGCUCCUCAGGAAAAGGUGUCAUGCCCACCGGUGUUACGCCGUGCUGCCUGGCCUGGGCAGAUAGUCACAGAGACGACAACACCUCUAACAGCCGCAUCUCAGUUUCCGUUCCUUCAGUCUCAUCCAUCGCCUCAUGCCAGCAGUAGCUGGACCUAUGGAGCAAGUGGGACUUCGCCGCGACCGCCACUCAGGAAGAGACCCGUGAAUGCUUGGGGCAGAGUGGUCUCGGCCCCGUCUUUCUCUCCCAGUGCUUUCAGCAGGCCUCCUACAGAUGUAUUAGGAAAUGGAACUGCUCCUGGUCCUUUGUCAAAUACCCUUCAUUCCGAGUCAUCUCCCAAGGAGAAGGACAGGCUCAUUACAAGAAUGGAAAAUGAAACCAGCCGCCUCUCAGUCUACGAAAGCGAGUCCGGUCACAAAGAUACUGUGAUAGCAAAUCUUCAAGGCGAGCUUGCGGCGAUGACAGAGAAGAUGGUGGGAGCUCUCGCCAGGAAAGACACUAUGUUUAAUCAGAAGCUCCAGGCUCUUGGCCAAGACAUUCAAGCCAAGACAGAAGAAAUUAAAACUUUAAAAGAGCAGGUGGCCCACCUGCAGCAAAACACAAGUGAAGUGUUGUACCAUUCCCUUUCCGAAAGAGACCUCCAAAUUGCACACUGGAAACAAGAGACCGAGAAUUUGAAGAAAAGCAAUUCUUUGACUUCCGGGCUGGUGACCAGUUUGCAAAAAGACAUUACGUCAAAGGAGCAGAAGAUACAGCAGCUGAAAAUGGACGCUGAAAAAUUAAAGAGGGAGAACAGGGAGAAGGAUAAUCAGCUUGCGCACGUAUCUGCCCAGCGUAUCACUGAGCUUGAGCUGCAAGUAAAGAGGUCGGAUGAAGAAAUGCAGAAGUGCCGCACAGUGCAGGACACCUUAACCAAAAGGCUUGCAGAAAAAACGAAGUCUCAAGAGGAGCUGCAAAGGGAAUGCGAGAGGAAAUCGCAGCAGUUACAAGAAAUGGGGCGCAGAGAACGCCUUACAAAGUCGGACCUCGAACUAACAGGAGCUCAGGUGAAGCGUUUCAGAAGCCAGAUUACUGAACUGCUUUUUUCACAGCCUCCAGAAAAGUCAGUAUCAGAUCAACAGAUCGUCAAAAGGAUCAACGAAAUUAAGGGGAGCAGUGAGGAGUUUUCUCGGACAGAGAACUUGCUAAGGGAGGAAAUCCGUCUCAAGACGUCCAAAGAGAGGGCACUAACUGAGCAGUUGGAGCUGCUGAAGAAAUCACUGGAGGGGUUUCAGGCUUUUUUGAAAACCUCCUACUGCAGCAACAGCUUGAGAAAGGAGGUCUGCAAUCUUCAGAACCUGAGCUUCGCCCCACCGGUCUCCUGGAUCCACAUCUCGGUGGCUGAAGUCUCGCACAACUUGCUGAGCUGGGUGGAUGCAGUGGAACGUCUCCUGUUCGACGUGGGCCUUGACAUUUCCAACACCGAGAAAGGACUGGCUUCAUACAUGAAGAAGCUGCUGGACAAUCACUUGAACACUGUGGGCGAGCUCCAGACAUUGCAGACCCAGCUAAGGGCAGCCGAGGAAUCUCAGCAUUCUCUGCUCUGGGAGAAGAUGAAUGAAAUGAAAGCCAAACUUGAGAAGGCGUUUCAGGAGAGAGCGGAAAUGUUUCUGGAGAAAGAGAAGGUUUUGGAGGAGACAGCUGCCCUGGAGAAAGAAAAAUUACACAAAGCUGUAGAGGAAGAAAAGAAAAAAGUCCAAGACUUGGAAGCUCAGAUGGAGCAGAUGGCUGAGGUAAUUAAAAAUAAAGCUGAAUCAGAGGAGGCUUUAAAUGCCAAGCUGAGAGAGACUCUGGAGAGCCUAGAAGAGACUAAGAGGAGGAAGACAGUGAUAGAAGAGAAGUUAACCAUCUGGGAGAAACGUCUGAAAAGCCUUGAGAAUGAAAAAGAAAUACAGAAGCAAAAACUUCAGGAGGAGUUUGCAGAAUAUAAAGAGCAGAUCAAGCAACAUGCACGGACAAUAGUAGCUAUGGAGGGAAGGCAGUCGGAGGCUGCUCGGUACCUGAAGAAGGUGCAGGAGGAAAACCUCAAACUUCGGCAGCAAAUAGAAGAAAUGCAAAGGGAGUCUAGCAAGUCUGUGCCAUCCAUUUCCCAAGAGGUUUCUAUGCCAUCCAUUUCUCAAGAGGUUUCUGUGCCUUCCCAGCCGCAAGAGAUUUUUGUGCCAUCCCAGCCACAAGAGGUCUGUUGCACCCAAGAGGACCGUGUUUUUAUGAUGGAAAAAUUGGCAUCUGCGCAGCAUGAAAUCCUAUCGAAACACGCUGUAAUCUUGGAAUUAAAGAAGGCGCUGUCGGAAGCCAAAGCCAGGAUGUCUGACGUGAUCGGCGAACUCAGUGAAAAGCAAAAGAGGGAACUGGAGCAGAAGCGUAGCCUUGUCCACAGCCAAGUGCGUGAACUCAACCAACUCCGAGAGAAACUCUAUGAGAUGUCCAAGCUUGUGGACCAGAAGGAUGCCCACCUCAAAACCGCAAAUGAGGAAUUAAGGAACUCCAGAGAAAAACUGAAAGAGCUGAAGAUGGAGGCUCAAAGGAGGUCAAGCAAGCUUGAGAAAAGCGUCCUGCACAAGAGUAGUCAGACAAACGGCAGCCUGCCAAACGAAAGCCCUGCUCCCAGAAAGGUGCUGGCCUUGGACCUGGCUGAACUGGGAGCGAAAUGCAAAGGCUCCAGACAUGAGGAAACCAUCUUGCGUCAAAAAGAUGCCCUGACUGAACUGCGGGAAAGAAUCAAAGUGCUGGAAAGGACUCGGCCUUUGGGAUUUACAGAUAAAAAUGUGGAGCCGCUUGUAGUACUAAAAAAAGACCUAACUGAGAAAAGCGAUCGAAAAACAGAAAAAGAACAUGAGCUGUCAGCGGUGACAGGCGGGGAUGCUAAUAAGCUUCAAAGCAUCAUUUGUAGCCUGGAUCCCAACGUGACUAUAGAGAGGACUGCAAAGCUGGAAAUGGCUGAUGCUUUAGACCUUAGCGAGAACAUGUAUUUCACCUUGAUUCAAGAUCUGGCCAGCCUGAUGAAUGUGAGGGAACUGAUGGGAAUGCAGACUGUCAAGCACCUUCCCCAGGACGAACGGGAAAAGGUUGGGCUGCUGCGGCAGAAGGACCUCGAGUUGCUGUUUGACAAGAUCAGCAAGCUGAAGAACCGCCUGGAAAGGAAAGAAGAGCUGCUGAAAGAGUACGAGAAAGAUGCCGGGCAGUUCAGGAUGAACGCGCAGUCUCUGCAAACGUGCCAGGCUGAGAUGGCCAACCUGGCAGACAGGAUCUACCGAGAAGCCGAGGAGAACGCUCUGCUUAAAGAAGCUCUGGAGAGAACAAAAUCAGAGCUGAACCAGGAGAAGAGGUUCAGCAGGCUUCUUAAACACCAAAAGGCAGCCUCCAAAAAGAAACCAUUCCCUGAAAAUCAGAAGAUGCUCGAGAGGCCGGUAGAAGCCUGUAAGAAAAGAGCACACAGUAGUGCCUCUGCGUAGGUAUCCCACACAGCAAACUCCUCUAGAGUAAGAGUGAUGUGGUUGUAUGCUCGUCCAUUUCUGUAAAUAUGAUAAACGGCACAGUGUUUUAUAGAAACAUACCAGAGUUUUAUAAAUAUCCAUCUAUAUGUAUAUUUAUUUUUUUAACAUGUAGUGGUCUUAUCUGCUAUACUGUAUCUUGGUUGGUAGAAAUGUAUUGAAAAUUUGGCACAAAAUUAUGUAUAAAAGCUUCACUCUGCUUAACUGGCAUAAUAGUUUUGGGUUUUUAGGGGGUUAGUGGGAGAAGAGUCUGUAACUGAUCAGGCAUCUCCGUCCUUCAGAAUCACAGAGCUAUUUCACUAGCGCAUAUUUGUAGCCGCCGUAUCAGGCAGUGAACAACUUGCACGUGUGAGUAGGAUGUCAUAGUUCAAAUACCACAGGCAGACAUUCUCAUAUCAGUGCAAACGCGGCGCUUCUUAAGAGUACUGUUUACAUGGGUCAUCUGCGCUGGCCAAGUGCACAUGUGAACUAGCCAAUAAAACUUGAAGAAAUCUUCUGCUGUAAUCCCAUUCAAGAACAAAUAAACCUGUAUCUAAAAUCAAGCUUGUAGACAGCCAUUCACACAGUCACCAGGGGUGAGUAAGAACUGUCUCCAGAAGGGAAUUUUUAAUGGGGA